GGUGGGAAAAGGAAACACACUUUGUGUGAUCAAGGCUGCGUAUCGUGGCCAUGCUGGGCAGCUAUGGACAGGAGCGAGAUAAACGAGACAAGCGAGAGAAGCGAGAACGCGCUCACUCUGAAUACUUGCUUGCGCUUGCUUCAAUGAUAUAACACGCCGGCACACGGAUUGGUUUUCCAGGGAGAGCAAGCACACUCGGUUCAACAUGCGACAGAGCCAGGCGCAACUUCAGCGAUGGCCAGCCCGGGUUCAGGAGGGCUCAGGGCCAAAACAAACUGGGGGAUACGGAAAUUGGAGGUGAUUCCAGGGGAAAAGAGAGUUAUUAGGUCGUGGAGCCCAGAGCUUGCCUCUCCCGUCGUCGUCAGCCUUCUUGGAAGUUGCAUCUCUGCUUGCCUUGCGCCCCAAACCGCUCCCCAACAGCUGCAGCCAAUGAUGGAUGCCGUCUGGGGGGUCGGACCCAAGGACGGACCGGCGUGCGGGGCAGCAAGCAAUCAUGUGUCAGCUGGCGCGAAAUGAAUCAGAGUGGGGACGAAGCUUCGAACCCCACCAGACAAGUGACGCCUGCCAGCUGAUCCGACAUGGGUUCCAGGCAGAGAACAGGAGGCUGCCUUCUGGUUGCCGCGCACGCUGAAGCUCGUGCGGCUCGUCAUCAUCUUUGCCGGCCGUCACGAGGAUAGGAUACAGUUGGUCAUAAGCUCAUAAGCAUUCAGACCUUAGUUCAUCCAAACUUCCUUUAUGCCUCUUGACAUUUUGCAUUUCCCCUCCUAAAUACCCAGACCAGACUUUCUCCGUUUUUUUGUGAACCUGCGAACAAACAACUGCCUUUGCCUUGCCGGUAACCAGUAACCCCUUAUCACCGACAACAGCGUGCUUGAUAAACUACUCCACCCCCGCCUUGAGACCUUCAUACACCCCCGCCGGCCAAAUCCGUCGACUGAAGCAAACCGAGAAUCGCAACGAUGAACAUCCUCUACUCGACCGUAAACAGCCUGCGGGACAGGUACACCCCCGCGAGCCACACGUCGACAUUCCGCAAGACGGGCGAGAUCACCCCUGAGGAGUUCAUUGCAGCCGGCGACUAUCUGGUGUACAAAUUCCCGACCUGGUCGUGGUCGGAUGCCGAAACCCCAGCCCAGCGCGUCAGCCAGCUGCCAGCAGGAAAGCAGUACUUGGUGACUCGUCAUGUCCCGUGCAACCGCCGACUCGACUCGGACUUUGCGGGCGAUGCUGGCCAUGAGGAGGCCGUAGUGGAGGGCGGCAAGAGCAGUGAUGACGACGGCUGGCUCCGGACCGGCGGGUUGACCAGCUCGCAGCCGCUCAAGGUCAAAGAAGUGCGAACGGUGGACGAUGCUGGGAAUGUUGGAGAGAGAGAAGUGAUCGAGGACGACGAUGAUAUUCCGGAUAUGGAAGAUGAUGAGGACGAUGAGGCCAUCAUCCGUGAUGCUUCGGCUGGCGGGCAGAACAGUGGAAGACGCACAUACUCGCUCUACAUUGUCUACUCUCCAUAUUACCGGACGCCCCGCAUGUAUCUCUCGGGCUAUCUUCCCAACGGCCAGCCCCUCCCACCCCAUCUCAUGAUGGAGGAUAUCGUUGGAGACUACAAGGACAAAACCGUCACGCUCGAGAACUUCCCCUUCUUCGCCCAUCAAGUCAAGAUGGCCAGCGUUCACCCGUGCAAGCACGCGCCCGUCAUGAAGACACUUCUCGACAGAGCCGACGCGGCUCUCAAGCUGCGCAGAGAAAAGCAAAAGGCGGCAACCGCCAAGGCAGGCAGCAGCGGUGGCGUUGGGUCUCUUGCUUCUCAGGUUAAGGACCUCAACCUCGGCUCGGGGGCUGAGAAUGACGAGUGGGAGGAGAUCGAUGCUGCCGACCAGGAGGUGGCCAUCAGAGUUGACCAGUAUCUGGUGGUUUUCUUGAAGUUCAUCGCCAGUGUGACACCCGGCAUCGAACAUGACAACACCAUGGGGAUUUAGGAGGGUUCUUACACUUUAUGGCUUUUUGUAUUUGUUUCAUGUGGGCCGUCAUUCAGGGGGGGGGGGAGGGGAGGGCGGUCUUAUUCGUUAUCUCACGGAACCCUACAUCAUCUGUGGGGUGCAUUUACUCGAGCAGGCACUUUCCUUUCGUGGGUAGAUCAAAUUACAGGAAUGGUUUACGGUUUGGCUUAGGCGGCAGGAAACGGAUGGAGUUACCUCUUGUUUUUGUUUUUAACUUGUUUUUUUUAUUAAUAUUUUUUAUUCUUAUUUUUUGGGGGGUUUUAUUUUUUUUUUAAAUCAUGGACAUCAGACCUCAAAGAUGGAGGACAGACAUAGCUGGCUUAGCUUUUAAUGGCUGCAGAUUAACAGCAGAACCGCAUCAUGGCUUCAUCAUACACAUC